AUGCUGAAGCUGACCAGGUUAGUGGUUCUUGUGAUCUUGGCGAUACAGGUCAUUGCCCUCACCUUCUGGUCUCAGUUUCAUGGCAGGGAAUGUCCCCUGGCGCAGGAGCCAUCCCAGGUGCACAUUCUCAUCCUCUCCUCCUGGAGGUCAGGGUCUUCUUUCGUUGGGCAGAUCUUCAGCCAACACCCUGAUGCCUUCUACAUGAUGGAGCCAGCCUGGCACGUCUGGGCAACCAUGUACCAAAACAGCGCCAAGGUCCUGCACAUGGCGGUGCGGGACCUCAUCCGGUCGGUCUUCAAGUGCGACAUGUCAGUCUUCGAUGCCUACCUUCCACAGAAGAGAAAUGUGUCGGAUCUCUUCCAGUGGGAGACCAGCCGGGCCUUGUGUUCCCCACCAGUGUGCGACUCCUUCCAGCGCAGUGACUUCAUCUCCAAGCAUGCCUGCAAGAUACUCUGUAGGAAAUCCCCCUUCAGCAAAGUGGAAGAGGCCUGCAGGUCUUACAGCCACGUUGUUCUGAAGGUGGUCCGGAUCUUUGACCUCAAGGUGCUCUAUCCUCUCCUCAAUGACCCCUCCCUGAACCUCAAAAUCAUCCACCUGGUCCGUGACCCCAGAGCCGUUUUCCACUCUCGCAAGAACAUAGAAAGUAGCUUGGCCCGGGACACGGGGAUUCUGGUGAGACACAAGAGGAAUGCAAUGGAUACGAAGCCCUACACUGCCAUGCGGGAGAUUUGCAAAAGUCAUGUUGAGGUUUACACUGAAGGCAGGCAGGCCCUUCCCAGCACUCUCCAGGAUCGCUACCUCUUGGUGCGGUAUGAAGAUAUUGCCCGCAAUCCCUUGACCAAGGCUGCUCAGCUCUACAGUUUUGCAGGGCUGCCCUUCUCUCCCAACCUUCAGUCCUGGGUGCACAACAUCACCCAUGGGCAGGGCCUUGGCAAGCAGGCCUUUGAUGUUGACGCCAGGGACGCAGUGAAUGUGUCACAGGCUUGGAGGAAGGCCCUUCCUUAUCUCGAAAUAGCAAAGUUGCAAGAGGUCUGUAAGGAUGCCUUGAAGCUACUGGGCUAUCCGCUAGUUAGGUCUGAGGAAGAGCAUAAGAGUAUGGCUUUAGACCUCUUUUAUGCCCAAACACCUCUUGUCAAUCAGGAAAGCAAAAGGAGCCUGGAAACAUCACCUGCAAUUUCAGGCAUCUGA